CCUUGACUUCUGUCAUAUCGGCGAACGACCUAUUAUAGUCUGUCCGGUGCCCCCAUAACGGAAUGAGCCCUCCAACGGACUUGAAGGAAGUAGUAGAAUCGGAAAUCAAAGAGUGGCAUUUCCAUAUCUACUUCCAUCAGCGCAACGCGGAUGAACACCAUGCUGCGCUUGAGUUACGUGACGCUGUUCUACGUCUCAGACGGGACGGAGCGUUCGUCGCAGUUCCUCUCUUCCGCGUGAAUACAGACCCCAUCGGUCCGCAUCCUGUUGGUUCAUAUGAGAUUUGGUGCCCCUCUGAGUCUUUCGCUUCCGUGUUCUCCUAUUUGUGUAUGAACAGAGGGGAUCUCAGCAUUCUCGUACAUCCUCUCACACGUGAAGAGAGAACAGAUCAUGAGAUACGAAACGCUUGGAUAGGACCUGCCUUCCCGCUGGACUUAUCCACUCUUCCGGUGAAAGCUGACGAGGUCCCGUUACAAUACCCCAGUCUGAAGCUGGGUUAUUCUUCCGUCGCGCCGACUCUGUCUCUUGAAGACAGGCGCAAGAUAGGAACAAGUAUUGAGCGUAUCUUGAAGGGUGAAAAGGAAGCUGCCAAGGCUCCUAGUGACUAGGAAGUGACUCGGCAGUUCCCCGUGCAUUCCUUCCGAGCGUGCUACUGGAAGUCCUCUCAUUAUGCCUUAGCGUUUUUAGAGUAGCUGUGUGCCCUCUUAUGCCGACUGAUAUGGUGUUCUUCGCGACCUUGUAUCACCGCGGGUCUUCCGAGUCGAUCGUCAUGAACGACUUGUUGCGUCGUUGAGCACAUAGUCA